AUGAUGAUUAUUUUAAUUUGCAUUAUGAUUUAUUCAUACCUUAUAUAAGCGGCGAGUUUAUUUAGUUCACAUAUCCUAAAUUUUGCCAUGCUAUAUCUCAACAUAAUUUCUUUAAAAAAUCAAGCAGCUAAUUGCAAACUUAAUUUAACCCCAAUAUAAAGAAUAUUGAAGAAAAUAUCUCCACGAAUCAAGCUCUUCAAGAAAUAAUAUCCAAAAUCAAUCAUAAAAUUCAAAUUGCAAAUGCUGAAGUAUAUUCAAUGCAAAAUUUCCUGGAAUUAUUGCAUAAUUCGAUAUCAUUCAAUGAAGAAGAUGACUUAGAUGAUAGGUAUUUAAAUUUCAAUUAUAGCUAUUAUUUUUAUAGAAAAGUCAGUGAUUCAAUGGUUGUAACUGUCCCAAAAAAAGCCAUUGGAAAAAUUCUGAAAAACCUCUGAUUGAAGAAAAAAUAUUUUAUUUUUUAUAAGAAAAUUUUACUGUAAUAAUUGAUAACUUUUUUUAACGAAAUCUCUAACGAAAUCUGUUAAAUUUUAAACAGCCUGCAUUCGAAAGCUUUCCAAUUUUUAUUUAUUCAGAAUUUUUUUAAAUUAAAAAAAAUUUAUAUUAGAAUCUUUAAAUAGAAUUAAGUACAUUAUGAGUGAGCAAAAUAUUUUACUCACUCAUACAGGGAUAUUAGGAGGAAUAAAUCCAAGCAAAAAAGUCAUAAAACUUAUAGAGUGCUUAUAUAUUUUUAUGAAUAAAAACUAUAAAGAUUGAGCACAUUUUGAAAAUGACUAUGAUAGUUUGAUCUGGGAAUUAACGAAUAAGCUUCAUGAUAUUGCUAUGAGAAUGAAAGAUGAGCAGCUUAUGAAAAUUUCUCAAAUUAUUGAAGAGCUAGAUAAUUGAAGCUCCAAACCACAUAAUAAGCUGAGGGAUAUUUAUUUUUGAAUUAAAAGGACUCACUUAAAAAUUUUAAAAUUCAAAGCUCAAUUUCAAAUAGAAAAGGCUAUAAUAGAAAUACCAAAAAAAAUAAUUUUAAAGAAAGAUGAAUUAGUGUUGCUGCAUAGAGAGUUACAAGAUGCUAUAAGUAUCCAAUCUAAAAUAUAG